AACUCAACAUAACGCCAAAGACGCCAUGGCUGAUUCACCAUCAAAGAGUCUAUGGGUGGAGUACACGCAUCAGGACGGACGAAAGUACUACUAUCACCAGACGACUAGACAGACAGUUUGGCAGAAGCCUGAUGAACUAAAAACACCAAAAGAGCUGGCACUUGAAAAAAGUCCUUGGAAGGAGUACACGACACCUGAAGGGAAGAAAUACUACCAUAAUGCAACCUCCAAAGAGACCGUAUGGACCAUGCCAGAGGAGUAUAAGGUGCUGCUGGACGAACUUGCAGAAGAAACAAAGACUAGGGAAGGGGCAAAAGCGCCUGCAGUAACAGCGGUAGUGACUACUACCCCUUUAGCUGCUACACCACCGCAUCAAACACAUGUGAAGCCAUUGACACCCACGUCCGCGUCCGUAGUUUCAAUUCCCUCACCUCUAAGACACCAAACAAUCAUCCCAGGAACACAGCAACCUUCAGCUCCACUUAACCCACCUCAGCAGCAGCAGCAGCAGCAAAUCCACCUACAAACGCAAUCACAGCCACAACCACUACAGCAAAUACAACAUCAACAACCACCACUUCAUCAAGGGGCGCCUCUUCCCAUGCUUGGACAGGAUCCUAUGAGAAGCAAUGGCCCACCUUUCAUACCUACCCAGAAUCCAUCACAACGGCCACAAUUCCAUCAUCAGCACGGACCUAGGCCUCGCUUUCAACAAUCAUUUGUUCCAACCGAUAGCAGCAAUAAUCGGGGACGUGAAAGGAGUGUUAAUGAAACACCAGAGUUUGCGACUAAAGAAGAAGCCGAGGAAGCGUUCAAAAAUAUGCUUAAGGAAACAGGUGUCACGUCAACAUGGACUUGGGAGCAGACCAUGCGUGCUGUUGUAACAAACCCAAUGUAUCGUGCGCUUAAAACCACUGCAGAGCGCAAGGCCGCAUUCCAAGAGUAUGUAGACGAACGACGCAUUCAAGAAAAGCAAGAAGACAAAGCCCGCCAACAAAAGCAGAAGCAGGACUUUUUGGACCUACUUAAGAGUAAUGAGAAGAUAACACAUGCUAGUCGAUACACUACUGUUUCCAGACUUCUUGCAGAUGAACCAGCCUUCAAAGCUAUCACAGACGAUCGCCAGCGCUAUCGAAUCUUUGACGGUUAUGUCAGCGAAUUGAUCCGCCAAGAGAAAGAAGAGUCAAGGCGGAAACGGAAAGCCGGUAUGGCGGCACUUUUGUCAAUUUUACAAUCAAUGGACGAGAUCACCUUGACAACUCGUUGGGCAGAGGCCAAGGAUCUGCUGCAGGAAAAUAAAGAGUUCAAAGAAUCAGAUCUGAUACAAAGUCUAAGCAAAGUGAAUCGAUUGACGGUCUAUGAAGACCAUAUCAAACACUUGGAGGAAAAGUACGACCAAAACCGUGCUCGGGAACGCACACUUCGAAAGCGUGCUGAGAGAAAGAGGCGAGAGGCAUUCAAAGAUCUCCUGAAUGAAUUAAAAAGCAAGGGCCAGUUGAAUGCAAAGACCUAUUGGAUGCAGAUCCAUCCGCUGAUCAAAGAUGACCCUCGAUACCAGGAUAUUCUUGGACAGCCUGGCUCUACACCCAUGGAGCUUUUCUGGGAUCUAGUCGAGGACCUGGAUGAGAAGCUAUACCAAGAUCGCAAGAUGGUCCAAGACUUAUUAAGGAAUAUUAACUACGAGAUUCUACCAGAGUCGAAAUUCGAAGAGUUCCAAAAUUUAAUCUCGAAACAGGCGAAAGUCAGCCAUUUAACAACAGAUGACCUCCGUUUGAUUUUCGAGCAACUUUUAGGCAAAGUUCUCCACCAUGCCAAAGAAGAAAAGCGACGUCAAGAAAAACUGGCGCGCAAGAAGGCAGAGUCAUUUAGAUCAAUGCUGAGGUCAUUGAAUCCAGCUGUCACUGUCGAAUCAUCCUGGGAUGACGUUAGAGCAAGAGCUGAAUCUACAGCCGAGUAUGCUGCUCUUGAAACAGACGAGAAGAGGAAAGAAGUCUUUGAUCGAUAUAUAGAACGACUCAAGGAACGAAUUUCUAAGAAUUAUGAUAGUGAUGAUGAAGAUGGGUCAAUUUUGGAAGAUGAUGCCGACUAUUAUGGCAAACGGUCGAUGUCAGAUCGCAAGCGUUCUGCACCGAGCAACAGUAGACAUCACUACGGUAACAGCAGUAGCAGCACUGGACAUCAUCACCACUCAAAUGGAGAUCAUCACCGACGGAGCAUCACCAACACACGGGAGCAUCCUCCAUCAUCCGAAUCAGCUAAAGAUUCACAACCCAAUGGAAAAAAUGAUAGAGACAACGCUAAUGUGAGAGAAGCUGAAACCUCUGAAGACUCCGAUCGCAAAGCCAAGAAACAAAAAACUGUUGAUGAGCAAGAGCCUUUGGUAGAAGCCGCAACGUUGACAGAGGCUGCCUUAGCUAGCGGUACUGAAGAAGGAGAAGUGAUAGAAACGCCAGGCCAACCAUAGAAAAUUUUUUCUUUUUUUUUUGGUAAUCACUUUCAAAAUUUUAAUGAUUUUAAGAAAAUAAAAUGAGAGGAGCUCUGUAUUUGAUAGAGAAGGGAGGAGGGAAGAG